AUGCCUCGUUACCCAGGUGGCUACCUCCAGGUCCCAUCUUUUGAUGGCCCCUCCGACACCCGCUCCCAGGGCUCUCACCACUCUGGCGGUGGCUCGCGUUCGCACUCGCGUCGCACCUCCCAGGUCAGCGGCUCUCAUGUGUCCGCUUCCCACCCGGGCUCCCAAGCUCCGGGGUCUGCCCCACCUAGCAAUAUGGGCGCUCCCUCCGGUCCUGUGGGCAGCCGCCCAUCUAGCAACGUGGGCGGUCGCUCUCCGCCGCGGGGCUACCCCGAGCCUCUUGGCUUCGACCCUGCUCGAGAGCCCAAGAAGUUCGGCGAGGAUUUCAACAAGAACCUCGAUCUGCCACCUGAGGCAUAUGUCCAGGGCAAGCUCGAUGCCCCCUUCACCAAGCGCCCCGGUCUGGGCAGCGUCGGAAGGAAGAUCAACGUGCAGGUCAACCAGUUCCGUGUUACCGGAAUGCCUGCUCAUGACAUUAUUCAAUACGAUGUCAGCUUCAGCCCGGACACCGGCAAGAUCAGGCCUUCAUUCUUGAACAAGCUCUGGAACACGAAGACUGUACAGCGGAGGCUCAAAGUCGACGACAAAUACGGACCCUUCGAGUUCAAGUGGCUCCACGAUGGCCGUGCCUUAGCAUGGUCUCGGAACAACAUCCCUGAAAUGCGAAUCAGGAUUGACAUGGACGCGGAGAAGAACAAGAUGACUCGGCCUGGACAAGACAACACCUUUACCCUCUACAUCAGGCGCAGCACCAGAAUCCGCCUUGUUUCGCUGAAGUCCUACCUUGAGGGCCAGAUUGAAUGGGACCAGUCAGUCCUGGCCUGUGCCAACUUCUUCGACCACCUGGUGCGCCAAUUCCCGUCAGAGAACAUGCUGGCCAUCAAGCGCAACUUCUACAACACCGAGCAGCCAGAAUACAAGCCUCUUAACCGCCGAGGUACCGUCAAUGCCGUGAAGGGCAUCUACGCCGCCAUUCGGAUGAACUCUUCCAUGAAGUCCGGCGGCCUCGGCCUGGGGAUCAAUGUCGAUGUGACCAACACGGCUUUUUGGCGCGGAGGUCAGCCGUUCAUUGAGUUGGCCGAGAACUACGUUGCCAUGGCAAAGAAGGAGUGGCAGUACUUUGACAAAGAACGCAUCUGCGAAGGACUGAAGCCAGAUAAAUACCAGGACCAGGUCACAAAGGAGUACAUCCCAGGCAUGUCUGAGAUGUUCAAGGCGCUUCGGCGCUUCCACAAGUGCCACUUCAACGUGAUGCACCGCGGCAAGUCGAACGAUAUGAAGACUUAUACCAUCAAGCAGUUUGUUUGGGAGCCAAAGAAGUUCGGCAUGGAGGGCGCCAAUGCGCGCAACUACAGGUUCACGAUGAGGGACGGCACAACCACCUCCGUCGCUGACUACUUCUUGAAGCAGUACAAUGUCAGGCUGUUCCACUGGCAAUGGCCUCUGAUCGAGACCACUCGGGCCGGCGUAUUCCCCAUGGAAGUCGUCAUCAUGAAGCCAUGGCAGCGGUACAACUUCAAGCUGGAUGGUGAGCAGACGUCAACCAUGAUCAAGUUCGCCGUUACGAGGCCCCCUGUCCGACAGAAUGCGAUCAUGCAGAAUGUCAAGUCCCUGCGAUGGGUCGACGACCCUUACUUGAAGGAAUUUGGCGUCAAGAUCAACCCUCAGAUGCAGCCCGUGCCCGCUCGUGUUCUUCAAAACCCAGUGGUCCAGUUCGGAAGGAAGACAAUCGAUCCAAAGACCAGCGGCAGGUGGGAUUUGCGCGACCAAGUUUUCGCUGAGCCGAACCCCCGUCCUCUGAAGUCCUGGUCCAUCAUUGUUGUCGACGGAUGUUGCGAUGCCGCCACGGCCUCGCGGUUUGGCGCAGCAUUUGCCGACACUUACCGGAGGCACGGCGGCAAGAUUGAGACGAUGCAGCCCAAAGUGUUCCCGCUGAACAUGCAGAUCAGCAAAGUCACUGCUGACGACAUCCAAAAGCUUUACAUGCAGACUGGCAACGCCUGCAAGGGAACCCCGGACCUAAUCUUCUUCGUCAUGUAUGACAAGAUCGCCGUCCCGUACGAGCGGCUGAAGAAGAACAUGGAAAUCCGUUUUGCAACGCUCUCCCAGAUGGUGCAAUGCGCGCAUGUCAAGAAGUGCCAGCCGCAGUACUGCUCCAACGUGGCCAUGAAGGUCAACGCCAAGCUCGGUGGCUACACCUCGAGGCUGGCCAAGGUGCAGUUUUACACGGUCCCCACGAUGGUCAUCGGUUGCGACGUCUCGCACGGUGGAGCCGGUUCAGCAGGCCUGACUGGACCACUGGCGUCCAUGGCUGCUAUAACCAUGUCCAUGGAUCGGGACGCAAUCAGAUACCAAGCCGUGUGCGAAACCAACGGCCACCGCGUGGAGAUUCUCACCCCGGACAACAUCAAGUCCAUAUUCCCCAGCGCCGUUCGCCGGUGGUGUCAGAAGAACCAGCGUGCCCCCGAGCACGUCUUCUACUUCCGUGACGGCGUGGCUGAGGGCCAAUUUGCCCAUGUCAUGGAGAAUGAAGUCAAGGAGAUCCGCAAGGUACUCGAGGAAGUUGGUCGCAACAAGCCCAAGAUUACGGUCAUUGUCGCUACCAAGCGCCACCACAUCCGCUUCUUCCCGGGCAGUGGCGCUGGCGACAAGAAUGGCAACCCUUUGCCGGGCACUAUCAUCGAGCACGAGGUCACCCACCCGUUCCACUUCGAUUUUUACCUUUGUUCUCACGUCGCCAUCCAGGGCACUGCUCGGCCAGUGCACUACCACGUCCUUCACGACGAGAUCCAGUACCCUGUCGACAAGCUGCAGGCAAUGAUUUACCAGCAGUGCUACCAGUACAUCCGCUCGACCACUCCCGUGUCGAUCCACCCGGCGAUCUACUACGCCCACCUGGCCGCUGCCCGCGCCCGGGCGCACGAGGACAUUGCGGCCUCGAAGAAGGAUCCCGAUGUCAGGAUCCUCAACCUCAUGGCCAAGGGUCUGCCGACAACGGAGCCAUCGUCGUUCGGCCCCGAGGAGCCAGCCAAGCCUCUGAUGAAGAUUGGCGGAGAUGAAGGUUUGGCCCAGCAGACGAGCAUCGACUUCUUCAAGAGCACGAUGUGGUACAUCUGA